UACACUACUCUUACAGCAUCUCAACGAUAGAAAAAAGAGCAAGCUUUAGUUCAAGAUAUACCACACAAAAAUAUUCGAUUAAAGAUCCUUCAUUCCAUUUCUAAAGAGCUACUGACAUCACUUGACAUCUCUAUAUAACUCUCAGACCAAGCUAGCUUGUGGUUCAAGUACCCAAUCUCAUCCCUGCUUUCCGUGCUUUCUUUGAAGAGCUUUCUGCUCCCAAUAAUUUCUUAGGUUGUAGUAUUUCCUUGCUUGCUUGUCAAGUUUAUUGAUCAAUUAAUGGCUCCCAGUCUCGGCAAAGGUGGCUCAAACAUUUCCGUCCUGGUGGAUGGCUGCAACCUGUCAUUAAUCAGUCUAGACGAAUCAAAAUUCUUGGUGAAUAACCAUGUCAUUUUAUCCGAAGUUCCGGCCAAUAUCGUUGCCACACCCUCCCCAUACACCACCGGUGACAAGCCGGUCACAACAUCUUCCGGCUGCUUCGUAGGUUUCGACAGCCUGGAGGCAAAGAGCCGUCACGUCGUGCCGGUUGGGAAGCUCAAAGACAUCAGGUUCAUGAGCAUUUUCAGGUUCAAGGUCUGGUGGACCACCCACUGGAUUGGAACCCAAGGUGCAGACCUCGAAAACGAAACUCAAAUAGUCAUUCUCGAUAAGUCCGACUCCGGUCGCCCCUACGUCUUACUCCUUCCGCUCAUCGAAGGCCCUUUCAGGGCUUCUCUUCAGCCCGGCGAAGAUGACUACAUAGAUCUCUGCGUCGAAAGCGGGUCGACAAAAGUCAACGGCUCGUUGUUCCGGAGCGUGCUUUACAUGCACGUGGGAGACGAUCCAUUCACGCUGGUCAAAGAGGCUAUGAAGGUGGUCAGGUUCCACCUGGGGACCUUCAAGCUCUUGGAGGAAAAGACUCCACCGGGCAUUGUGGAUAAGUUCGGGUGGUGCACUUGGGAUGCCUUCUACCUCACGGUGCAGCCGCAAGGCGUGUGGGAAGGUGUGAAGGACCUCGCGGAAGGAGGGUGCCCGCCUGGGCUGGUGCUGAUCGACGAUGGUUGGCAGUCCAUCUCCCACGACGACGAUCCAAUCACCACAGAAGGAAUGAACAGAACAUCCGCCGGUGAACAAAUGCCUUGCAGGCUCAUCAAGUUCCAAGAGAACUACAAAUUCAGGGACUACGAGAGCCCCGGCAAGUCGGGAUCCGGUGCCGGCCCAAAUAAAGGCAUGGGUGCUUUCAUUCGGGACCUCAAGGACAACUUCAAAAGUGUGGACUAUGUUUACGUGUGGCAUGCGCUUUGUGGAUACUGGGGCGGGCUUAGACCCGACAUCCCGGAGCUGCCCGAAUCAAAAGUGAUUGCACCGAAAUUGUCCCCCGGACUGCAGAAGACCAUGGAAGAUCUCGCGGUGGAUAAGAUCGUGAACAAUGGAGUUGGGUUGGUACCGCCGGAGCUUGCUGACCAAUUGUACGAAGGCCUUCACUCUCACCUGGAGUCCAUUGGAAUUGAUGGAGUCAAGGUGGACGUCAUUCAUCUGCUGGAAAUGGUUUGCGAGGAUUAUGGGGGCAGAGUGGAGCUCGCGAAAGCCUACUUCAAAGCCCUUACGUCUUCCGUCAGAAAUCACUUGAAAGGGAAUGGCGUGAUUGCCAGCAUGGAGCAUUGCAACGACUUCAUGUUCCUCGGAACCCAAGCCAUCUCCCUUGGCCGUGUCGGAGACGACUUUUGGUGUACCGAUCCUUCCGGUGAUCCGAACGGCACAUUCUGGUUACAAGGGUGUCACAUGGUUCACUGCGCUUAUAAUAGCUUGUGGAUGGGCAAUUUCAUUCACCCUGACUGGGACAUGUUCCAGUCAACUCAUCCCUGUGCUGAAUUUCACGCUGCCUCUCGUGCCAUCUCCGGUGGACCGAUCUACGUGAGUGACUCUGUAGGAAAGCACAACUUCGAGCUCCUCAAAAGCCUCGUCUUGCCUGACGGUACAAUUCUGCGUUGCCAGUACUAUGCGCUUCCUACCCGUGAUUGCCUCUUUGAAGACCCUCUUCACAAUGGAAAAACCAUGCUUAAGAUCUGGAACCUCAACAAGUAUACCGGAGUUGUGGGGGCAUUUAACUGCCAAGGUGGAGGAUGGUGCAGAGAAGCGAGACGCAACAAAUGUGCCUCUCAGUAUUCUCAUUCUGUGACUUCCACUUUCAGUCCCAAAGAUGUGGAGUGGAAGCAGGGGACUUCGCCAAUCUCAGUUGAUGGAGUUCAAGUGUUUGCCCUGUACUCUUUCCGGGAGAAGAGGCUGCUGCUCUCGAAGCCAUCCGACGACUUCCAAAUAUCGCUGGAGCCAUUUCAUUUUGACCUCGUAACUGUCUCGCCCGUCAAGGUCUUUAGCGGCAAAGGUGUCCGGUUUGCUCCAAUUGGUCUGGUGAACAUGCUCAACUCUGGUGGUGCCAUUCAGACAAUGGUGUUCAAUGAUGAUGCCGACGCCGUACAAAUCGGAGUAAAGGGAACCGGAGAAAUGAGGGUCUUCUCGUCCCAGAAGCCCACCGUUUGCCGUGUCAAUGGGAAUGAGGUGGCAUUUGAGUAUGAAGGGCACAUGAUCAUAGUUCAAGUCCCAUGGCCCAAUUCUUCUGGGCUUUCUGUAAUUGAGUACCAGUUCUGAUAACUAUUUUUGGGUUUGGAUCCUGAGUCCAAAAUUGUAUCCAACUCUUGCACGCAAAAAUGUAAACUAAGACGGAAAAAAGUCUAAUCAAGUGCAAUCAAGUGCAUUACCAAUA